AUGCGUCCCGAGAUCGAGCAGGAGCUCUCCCACACGCUCCUCGUGGAGCUGCUUGCAUACCAGUUCGCCUCGCCCGUAAGAUGGAUCGAGACCCAAGAUGUCAUUCUCGGCGAGAAGACAACCGAGCGCAUCGUUGAGGUCGGCCCCGCCGACACUCUCGGCGUCAUGGCCAAGCGGACGCUGGCCUCCAAGUACGAGGCACACGAUGCGGCGCGGUCAGUCCAGCGCCAAAUUCUCUGCUACAACAAGGACGCCAAAGACAUCUACUACGAUGUCGAUCCCGUGGAAGACGAGCCCGAGGCCCCGGCGGCAGCGUCGUCGUCCGCAGCAGCUUCUGCCCCAGCUGCCGCGGCCGCCGCUCCUGUUGCCGCCGCCCCCGCCCCCAGCGCAGGCCCUGCGGCCGCCGUGCCAGACACCCCGGUUGCGGCGACAGACAUCCUGCGUGCGUUGGUUGCUCAGAAGCUGAAGAAGCCGCUCGGUGACAUUCCGCUGAGCAAGGCCAUCAAGGAUUUGGUUGGAGGCAAGUCCACCCUUCAGAACGAAAUCCUCGGAGAUUUGGGCAAGGAGUUCGGCUCGACUCCAGAGAAGCCCGAGGACGUCCCUCUCGACGAGCUCGGUGCGUCGAUGCAGGCUACUUUCAACGGCCAGCUCGGCAAGCAAUCGUCCUCCCUCAUUGCGCGCUUGAUCUCGUCGAAGAUGCCCGGUGGCUUCAACAACACAUCCGCAAGGAAAUACCUUGAGACAAGAUGGGGUCUCGCAGCCGGACGUCAGGACGGUGUUCUGCUGCUCGGUCUGACUUUGGAGCCGGCGGCACGUCUUGGGUCUGAAAACGACGCCAAGGCGUGGCUCGACGACAUUGCCAACAAGUACGCUGCCAGUGCAGGCAUCAGCCUGUCUGCACCUGUUGCGGGUGGCGAUGCUGGCGCUGGUGCUGGCGGCAUGAUGAUGGACCCUGCUGCCAUCGACGCCCUCACCAAGGACCAGAGGGCGCUCUUCAAGCAGCAGCUCGAGCUGUUCGCCCGCUACCUCAAGAUGGACCUCCGCUCCGGCGACAAGGCUUUCGUCGGAUCGCAGGAGACCAACAAGGCCCUUCAGGCUCAGCUGGAUCUCUGGAACACCGAGCACGGCGAGUUCUACGCUGCUGGCAUUGAGCCCCAGUUCACUUCUCUCAAGGCUCGUGUUUACGAUUCCUCGUGGAACUGGGCCCGCCAGGAUGCUCUUACCAUGUACUACGACAUCAUCUUCGGUCGCCUCAAGGCAGUCGACCGUGAGAUUGUCAGCCAGUGCAUCAACAUCAUGAACCGCUCCAACCCAACCCUGCUGGAGUUCAUGCAGUACCACAUCGACCACUGCCCCACCGAGCGCGGCGAGACCUACGAGCUCGCUAAGGAGCUUGGCCAGCAGCUGAUCGAGAACUGCAAGGAUGUCCUCAACGCUGCCCCCGUCUACAAGGAUGUUGCCAUGCCCACUGCUCCCUCGCUCAACAUUGACGCUCGUGGUAACAUGAACUACGCCGAGGUUCCCAGGUCCAGUGUGCGCAAGCUUGAGCACUACGUCAAGGAGAUGGCCGAGGGUGGCAAGCUCUCCGAGUAUGGCAACCGCACCAAGGUCCAGAACGACCUGCAGAGGAUCUACAAGCUCAUCCGCCAGCAACACAAGCUUUCCAAGUCCUCUCAGUUGCAGAUCAAGACCCUGUACGGCGAUGUCAUCCGCUCUCUGUCCAUGAACGAGGGCCAGAUCAUCCCCUCCGAGAACGGCAAGAGCGCCAAUGGCCGUCGUAAGGGCCGUAACGGACGCAUCAACGGCACCAACAAGCAGGGCAAGGUCGAGACCAUCCCCUUCCUGCACCUCAAGCGCAAGGACGAGCACGGCUGGGAGUACAGUAAGAAGCUCACCGGCGUCUACCUUGAUGGUUUGGAGCGUGCCGCCCGUGACGGUGUCACUUUCCAGGGCAAGAACGUCCUGAUGACUGGUGCCGGUGCCGGUUCCAUCGGUGCUGAGGUCCUCCAGGGCCUGAUCUCUGGUGGUGCCAAGGUUGUCGUCACGACCAGCCGUUUCUCGCGCCAGGUCAACGAGUACUACCAGUCCAUCUACUCCCGCUUUGGCGCCCGUGGCUCUCAGCUCAUCGUUGUUCCCUUCAACCAGGGCAGCAAGCAGGAUGUUGAGGCUCUUGUCAACUACAUCUACGACGCCAAGAACGGUCUCGGCUGGGAUCUCGACUAUGUCGUGCCCUUCGCCGCCAUCUCUGAGAACGGCCGCGAGAUCGAUGGCAUCGAUUCCAAGUCCGAGCUUGCUCACCGUAUCAUGUUGACCAACCUGCUCAGGCUUCUGGGUUGCGUCAAGCAGCAGAAGCAUGCCAACUCCUAUGAGACACGUCCCGCUCAGGUCAUCUUGCCUCUGUCUCCCAACCACGGUACCUUCGGUAACGAUGGUCUGUACGCUGAGUCCAAGAUCGCGCUUGAGACCCUUUUCAGCAGGUGGCACUCUGAGAGCUGGGGCAACUACCUCACCAUCUGCGGUGCUGUUAUUGGCUGGACUCGUGGUACUGGUCUCAUGGCCGGCAACAACGUCGUUGCUGAGGGCAUUGAGAGGUACGGUGUGCGCACUUUCUCUCAGCAGGAGAUGGCCUUCAACUUGUUGGGUCUCAUGUCCCCGGGUAUCGUCAACCUUUGUCAGGUCGAGCCCGUCUGGGCUGAUCUCAACGGUGGCUUCCAGUACCUGCCCAACCUCAAGGACCUCAUGACCGACCUCCGCAAGGAGCACACCGAGACCAGCGAGAUCCGCAAGGCCGUUACCAAGGAGACUUCUACCGAAAACAAGAUCGUCAAUGGCGAGAAGAGCGAGGCGCUCUACCAGAAGGUGACCGUCCAGCCUCGUGCCAACCUCAAGUACGACUUCCCCGAGGUUCCCGACUGGGAGACUGAGGUUAAGCCGCUCAACGAGGACCUCAAGGGUAUGGUCGAUCUGGAGAAGGCCGUCGUCAUUACCGGUUUUGCCGAAGUCGGUCCUUGGGGUAACGCUCGUACCCGUUGGGAGAUGGAGGCCUACGGCGAGUUCUCUCUCGAGGGUUGCGUUGAGAUGGCCUGGAUCAUGGGUCUUAUCAAGAACCACAACGGCAUGAUCAAGGGCAAGAGCUACUCUGGUUGGGUCGAUGCCAAGACCGGAGACCCCGUGGAUGACAAGGACAUCAAGAAGAAGUACGAGAAGUUUGUCCUUGAGCACUCCGGUAUCCGUCUCAUCGAGCCUGAGCUCUUCGGUGGCUACGACCCGAACAAGAAGCAGCUCCUUCAGGAGGUUCAGAUCGAUGAGGACCUCGAGCCUUUCGAGGCGUCCAAGGAGACUGCUGAAGAGUUCAAGCGCGAGCACGGCGAGAAGGUGGAGAUCUUCGAGAUCCCGGAUUCUGGCGAGUACAGCGUCCGGGUCAAGAAGGGCGCUUCCCUCCUCAUCCCCAAGGCUCUGCGUUUCGACCGUCUUGUCGCCGGUCAGGUCCCCACUGGCUGGGAUGCUCGCAGGUACGGCGUGCCCGAGGACAUCAUCGAGCAGGUCGACACCGUCACCUUGUUCGUCCUCGUCUCCGUUUCCGAGGCCCUGCUGUCAGCCGGUAUCACCGACCCGUACGAGUUCUACAAGUACGUCCACAUUUCGGAGGUCGGUAACUGUACCGGUUCGGGUAUUGGUGGUUCCGGCGCUCUGAGGGGCAUGUACAAGGACCGUUUCCUUGACAAGCCGCUCCAGAAGGAUAUCCUUCAGGAGUCCUUCAUCAACACCAUGAGUGCCUGGGUCAACAUGUUGCUCCUGUCUUCCACUGGUCCCAUCAAGUCUCCCUCUGGCGCCUGCGCUACCGCUGUCGAGUCCGUCGAUAUCGGUUACGAGACCAUCCUCGAGGGCAAGGCCAGAAUCUGCCUUGUUGGUGGUUUCGAUGACUUCCAGGAGGAGGGCUCUUACGAGUUCGCUAACAUGAAGGCCACGAGCAACGCUGAGGAUGAGUUCGCCCACGGUCGCACUCCUAAGGAGAUGUCGCGUCCUACCACCACCACCCGUAACGGAUUCAUGGAGUCCCAGGGUUGCGGUAUCCAGGUCAUCAUGGACGCUCGUCUCGCUCUGGACAUGGGUGUUCCGAUCUACGGUAUCCUUGGCUUCACUGCCACUGCCACCGACAAGAUCGGUCGCUCUGUUCCCGCUCCCGGCCAGGGUGUCCUCACGACUGCUCGCGAGGAAGUGUCCAAGUUCCCCUCGCCUCUGCUGGACAUCAAGUACAGGAAGCGCCAGAUGGAACACCGCCGCCGCCAGAUCAAGCAGUGGCAGGAGUCGGAGCUUCUGUACCUGCAGGACGAAGUGGCCGCCAUGAAGGCUCAGGACGCCAGCUUCAGCGAGUCCGAGUUCAUGGCUGACCGCCUGGAGCACAUCGAGCGCGAGGCCAAGCGCCAGGAGAAGGCUGCCCUCCUGAGCUUGGGCAACCAGUUCUGGAAGCAAGACCCCAGGAUUGCUCCCAUGCGCGGCGCUCUUGCUACUUGGGGCCUGACCAUCGACGACCUGGACGUUGCCUCCUGCCACGGUACUUCUACCGUUGCCAACGACAAGAACGAGUCGGAUGUGCUCUGCCAGCAGAUGAAGCACCUCGGCCGCAAGAAGGGCAACGCGAUUCUCGGUGUCUUCCAGAAGUACCUCACCGGUCACCCCAAGGGUGCCGCCGGUGCCUGGAUGAUGAACGGUGCUCUGCAGGUCCUCAACAGUGGUCUCGUCCCCGGCAACCGCAACGCCGACAACGUCGACAAGGUUCUCGAGAAGUUCGACUACAUGGUCUACCCCAGCCGCUCCAUCCAGACGGAUGGUGUCAAGGCCGUGUCGGUCACCUCUUUCGGUUUCGGUCAGAAGGGUGCUCAGGCCAUUGCUAUCCACCCCAAGUACCUCUUCGCCACUCUCGACCACGCCGAGUAUGCCAACUACAAGACGCGUGUCGAGUCCCGCCAGAAGAAGGCCUACCGCUACUUCCACGACGGUCUGCUCAACAACACCAUGUUCCGUGCCAAGAGCAAGGGACCGUAUGAGGAGGCUCAGCAGAGCGAGGUCUUCCUCAACCCCUCCGCUCGCGUUACCGUUGACAAGAAGACGUCGAACUGGGCGUACCCUUCCAAGAUCCCCGCUCAGCUUCCGGUCACCAAGGCCAAGACGGAGCAGACGCGCCAGAUGGUCGAGCACCUCGCCAAGGCCACUGCUGGCGAGAACUCCAAGGUCGGCGUUGACGUCGAGAACAUCUCGGCCAUCCCCAUCGACAACGAGACAUUUGUCGAGCGCAACUUCACGGAGCAGGAGCAGGCUUACUGCAAGGCAGCCCCGAACCCGGCGGCCAGCUUUGCGGGUCGCUGGUCUGCUAAGGAGGCGGUCUUCAAGUCGCUCGGCGUUGCUGGCAAGGGUGCCGGCGCUGCGUUGAAGGAGAUUGAAGUUCUGAACGACGAGAACGGCGCUCCCGUUGUCACCCUCCACGGUGAUGCCGAGGCUGCGGCCAAGGAGGCGGGUGUCAAGUCGGUCAACGUCAGCAUCAGCCACAGCGAUGACCAGGCUAUCGCCAUCGCGGUGGCGGCAUUGUAA